AAUAAGUGAAAGCACAGAAGGUAAAAUAGAGGCGUCGAUAGCACAUAGCGCACGGCUCUGCUAAGGAAGUUAGCCGUCAAGCUAACACCUCUCCACUGACUGUCACAAACAGCCUGAGACUGAAACACAACAGACAACUCCUGUAAGACUUACUGCUUGGAUCUCCUGAGGCGUCCUCAGCUGCCACCACCACGAUGGACCAUCAAAGGGAACCCCCAGGGCCAAAACAAGAGGAGCUUCCGCAGAUGGACGGCUCAUGUGAUGCAUGUGAGCCUGAUGAGGCCCAGCCAGCCACUCAUGUUUGCUACUCCUGCAGCUUUGCCUUCUGUCCUGUCCAUGCUGACAGCCACACCAGAAGGACACGUCACCUGCUACUGGUGUAUAACCAUGAAGCAGCCCAAGCUUGCAGCCUUGCUGUAAAUGGAGACUCUGUUGUUGAAGGUGGAGCAGAGGCUGAAGCUGCGGAGGGGAGGUUAUUUGGAGUGGACGGGCAGGAUUUAGAUGAGGUGAGGAAUCGGGAGUUGGAGCAAGUUGGAGUGGCACUGGCUGAUGAAGAUGAGAAUGUUGCUGGAGGGGAAGCCCAGAAUGGACUGCUGUUGGAGGCCCAGUUAGGUGCCAGGGCUGAAGGUGGAGAAGCAGUAGCGCAGGAAGGCGUGGUUCCUCCUGAGCCUGGGAAGAGGGACACUGUGACAGUAGAGAGACUGCGCUGCAAGGAACAUGGGCAGGAAGCCUCCCUCUACUGUAAACCAGAUGAGAAAAUCAUUUGUGUGGUGUGUGCUGUGCAAGGUGAACACCGUGAGCAUGAAAUCAUCACGCUGCAUGAAGCUUACCAAUGGCAGAAGAACAGGCAGGGCUAUGACCUGCUGGGUUGUACACAACAGAUGGCUGAAAAGAUCAAGACCAAGUGGACAAACCCUGAGAUGUCAACUGAAGAACUGGAGGACUAUGUGAAUGAACAGUUUGAUGAGCUCCGUCGAUUGGUGCGUCUGGAAGAGAAGAGGACCCUUCACCUGGUAGACCUCAAAGAAGCAUUUUUGACAGCUUCUGCCGCUGAGAAAAUUGCAGAGAUCACCGUCCAAACGGAGCGCCUACAGGAAGAGAUGGCUAACAUUACAGAGCAGCUGUGCCUGCUGGAACAGGCAGAGGCCCAGGCAGUCGGUGCAGCAGUUGUAGCAGAGAUCCUGACAAGAAGCCCUGCACCAGCCAACAGAAUCCCGCAUGACAUUGAUGCCAGGCCGAGGAUACCAGAGCCAAGGGCAGAUCCUAUGGACCCAUUGGACUUGGGAGACAAUGAGUCUGGUCCCUCCAUGGACCACGCCCCCUGAUCCCAGCAUCUGCAUCCACCUGUCUUUCAAAGUCUACUUCAGCCCCGCCAGGCUGUCACACAUGACCUCUCCCUCUCUGUCAGCCGUCUUCUCGGCUCCCCUCCCCUCCCGCGGUGUCCUCUGGGACUGAGCUGACCUUGAGGAUUUGCUGUGACAAAUACAGAUGGCUGCCUCAUUUCUGCUUUCAAACUUUUUCAUUCCUCACCACCUACUAACUUUUUUUAAUUGAAACAAGCACGUUAUGUGCAAUCAAUUACUGUCAGUCUCUGUCUUAACAGCCAGUCAGCUCCUUGGCUUCAUGGCUCAGUCAGAGAGGAGUCUGGGUAAGCAGCCGAGCACAGCAUCUGCUAAGCACACCAGAUGUCCGAAACGGGCAAAUUCUGUCACCUUCCAUGUGUCCCUGUUCAUUUAUUCACAAUGUAAUUUCGUGUCUGUCAUUUUUUUGACAAACAUUUUUUUAAACUGGGAUAUUGGAAAUGGCACUUUUUUCAGAUGCCACAAAGCUGGUCAGAUCUGGAGAAUUCUACAGUCACAGAAUUACAAUGACUGCUAAAUCUGCCCAUAUUGGAUCUUACCAUUAAAAAAAAUUGCUCUAAUAACAAUUCUGGUACCAUAGAAUUACCCAUCUAUUACCAGGAUGCUGCACAGUCCUCAUUAGUUUGGAAAACAAAAGACUUGAUUGUGCAGAAUAGUACUUGUGCAGUAUCCACCUUGUAUGGACUGUAAGAACUCAUUAUUUUGGCGAAUUUGGAUCCUAAAUUAGCGUGUGCAUUUUCUUCUUCUGCCUUAACCUGCUCAUCUAUCUGCCAGUUUUGAUGAAGUCUGUGUAUAUCAGCAGUAGUUGCCUCUGAGAAUGAAGCAGUGUUUUUAACUGUUUGUUGGCUGGUUUGCUAUCAGUAUUCCCUAAAAGCCAUCAGAUCAGCUGUCAUUACACUGAUGAAGAGGUUGGGCCUAUCCUGGAAUAAAAAUAAUGUUGGUUUGGAUUCAGAUGAACACUGAGAUGAGGUUUUUUUAAAUGAGUAUUCAAGAUGUCGAGUUUUGUUGCUGAUGCCAGCCACCUCAUAAAUGUUGCUUACAAUUAAUGCAUUCCAUUUUACCAGAAUCGUUAAAAGGUUAUUCCUGUCAAACCAAACUAACAUUCCCAUCAGUCACUGUCUUUACAGGUGAAGGUUGCAAUUCCAACCACAGGGAGUCCACCUGUGUUUGUACUUUUCCUUCAUUAGUGUGCUGUUCAAAUAUUAUUUCCCUGCCUCUUAGAAAUACUAGAACUCUUGGUGAAACUCUAUUGUAUGUGCCUUAAUGAUAAAUGUCCAUCAGGUGGAGAUAUUGCUCCAUUUGAAGAACCUUGACUAACGGUUCCUCCUGGGACACCACCAACGUCCAAACUGAUACUUAUAUUAGAUACGAAGUCUUGCAUUUUUCACUGAAGGAAAAGUAUGUUCAGUUUCAAAAUAAAGAAAAUUUACACACACCUUUUUU